AUGGGUAAGUUCUUGACAGGGGUGUCAAGCUAUAUGGUUAAGGAGUGUAGAUCAGCUAUGCUUAAUAUUGAGAUGAAUCUUUCCAGAUUGAUGACCCAUGCCCAACAGAUCAAACCAGAUAAGAUAAAAGAGAGGGAUAGAGUAAGGGGGAAUAAGAGAGCCAGAUCCGAGCAACCUACUUAUGGUCAGAAUAGAUCGCAAGGAGUGAAUUGCCCUCAGUUUCAGAGCCGCUCAUCUAUGCCAGCACCAUCGUCAGCUAGUGCUCCAGCACUUAGAGGUAGGCAAGCUCAGACUGCUAGUGCUCCAGCUCCUGUAGCUCGUCCAGCUCCUACUCAUGGUUUUUCUUCCAGCACUGCUGGCGGUCAGUGCCUGAACAGAUUCUAUGUUUUGGCUUCCCGUCAGGAGCAGGAGGACUCCCCCGAUGUUGUUACUGGUUUGCUUUGUGUGUUUCAGUUUGAUGUUUAUACGUUGUUGGACCCUGGGUCUAGUUUUUCAUAUGUGACACCUUGGGUUGCUGUAAAUUUUGAAAGUUAG